AUGUUGGAGUGCCGCGCGUGCGUUUGGCGCUGCAUACGAGCCAUUGCAGGAGACAGUCGCCAAGCACAAGCAUUGUAUCGACGCCCUCUGCUCCUCACGCCACAGAUCGAGCAAAACCCCUUCCGCCGACAUGCAUCGACAGCCGUCGCCACCACACCUCCGGCGGAAGACCUGCUUGUGCCAGGGAGACAGCCGGUUGUGGACAAACCUGAAUCGCAGACCGAUGGCGACAAGCAACAGAAGACAGUUCCGGUCGCGAACGAGAGACACCUGAAGACGGAAUUGAGAUACCUGCAGGACAAAGUCAAGCUGGCCGAGCAUGUUCAUUACACUUUACGGUGCGACAAGCCUGAGAAGGCACUUGAUCUGUGUCGGUUGGCCAGCAAGCAGCAGGAGGUCAUCGUCAGCUGGAACCAUUGCGUCGACUGGUACAUCCAGCGUGGAAAGGUGGACGAGGCGAUCAAGAUCUACAACGAGAUGAAGAAGCGAGCACAGUUCCCAGACGGCCAUACGUAUAGUCUGCUGUUGAGAGGGUUGGCAAAGCCGCCAUAUUCCGGAGAGCCCGUCAAGGAUAGCCAUGUCGCAAAGGCGCUCAGCAUAUACUACAGCAUGAGCAGUCCGACGUCGAGAGCGGAGCCGAACAUUAUACAUACCAAUGGAGUGCUCAAAGUUUGCAGUGCUGCUCUCGACAUGGAUGCAUUAUGGGGUGUCGUCUCGAAGCUUCCGGAGCACGGAGCACGCUCUCCGGAUCACAUCACAUACGCUAUACUUCUGGAUGGCAUCCGACACGGUGCGUUUGGGAAGGAUCCAACGAAUGUUCCAGCGGAAAGCCUAGCCGCAAAUCGUACCAAAGCUGUGCAAGAAGGUCGUGCGAUUUGGCGCGACGUGAUCAAGAAAUGGCGAGGUGCUGAGAUACACAUCGAUGAAAGAUUGGUGUGCGCUAUGGCGCAAUUGCUGUUCAUCAGCAGCCGUAUCCAGGAUUGGGAUGAUGUCUUGAAUUUGGUCCAGCAAACCAUGAAGAUACCGCGGCAACUCGCACCGCUUGAUUCACCCCAGCGUCACAUCGAGCAUGUGCCGCAAGAGAACGACCUACGGCAGGCGGAGCCUGAGCAGGAAGAAGAUAGCGAUGGCUACACAGACACGCCAACCACCAAAGCCUUUCUGCCCGUUCAAUCAACUUCGCUCAGCUUUGUGCAGCCCGGGAAUGCUAUCCUCAACAUACUCGUUAACGGCUGCACGUUACUUCGCUCGCCGAAGGCUGCGAGCGCCUACUGGGGCCUACUGACAGAGCCAUCUGGUCCGUACGCCAUCAAGCCAGAUCUCAGCAACUUCCACACAUAUCUGCGGCUACUGGGCAAGAACCGCUCGUCAGCUAGAGCAGUAGCACUUCUCCAGCAGAUAUCAUCAUUCAAUAUCCAGCCUACCGCCAUCACCUUCCGGCUUGUCAUGGGUAUCUGCGACCGGGACAAGAACAACCCCAAUAUGCUAGAAAACGCCCGCACCAUCAUCGACCUCAUGGAGAGCACUCUUGCCGACCUCGACGUGCGCACACUCAUCAAGUAUCUCAACCUUGUGCUUCUGAGCGACGACGGACCCAAGAUCAUCUUCGCUGUAAACCGCCUGGACAGCAUAAUUCACAACUUGCGCAGCCGUGUGACCUAUGGAGCCCACAAAACCGGCACCGCCACGGAACAGCACAUGCUUGACAAGGAAGAAACCCUAUUCUUCUUCCGUACCCUGGUCGGUGUGAUCGACACCCUCAAUCGCCGUGAACUCGUCCCGCGUGAAGCCCAUUCGCAUUGGCAAGGUCGACGCGCACAGCUCGACGCUUUCAUCCAGCGCUCCAAUACGAAACUCGAACAGCAGAGAGCGAAGCUGGAAGUGACGACGGGGAAGAAAGCGCCUCGAAUGCGCGAGCUGGAUCCAAAGAAGGGUAUGAGCAUGAAGGCGGAAGAGUAUGCGUUGCGGAAGUUCCGGUGGGGUGAGAGGCAGAAGAGGGAGGAGAAGGAGGAGAUGGUGAAGGCGCGAGGUGUGUUGGAUUGGAAUGUAAGGAAGGCGAGGCCGGAUGUGCCGACGAAAGGAGCUGUAUUGAAGAAGUGGCGAGCGAACAAGGAGUGGGCGGGGAGGCAAGAGCCGGAGAGGAGUUUCGCUGACAGUCCCAUGGAGCUGGGCGAGAGGUGA